ACUGGCGAGAAGCCCUAUCCAUGCAUGGAGUGUGGGCGCCGCUUUCGGCACAAACCCAACCUGCUCUCACACAGCAAGAUCCACAAGCGAUCUGAGGGUUCUGCCCAGUCAGCCCUUGGCUCAGGGAGCUUCCAGCUUCCGGCUGGACCACUGGAGCCCUUGUUAGAGUCCACUCCUGAGGUCCUCCUGAGGCCUCUACAGGAACCUGCCUCAGACCCCCUCCUGGGGGUCCCUCCAGAGCCCCCACAGGUCCAGGUUGCUGCCCCCUCUUCUCUUUACAGCUGUGGGGACUGUGGCAGGAGCUUCCGACUGGAGCGUUUCCUCCGUGCUCACCAGCGACAACACACAGGUGAACGGCCCUUCACCUGUACCGAGUGUGGGAAGAACUUUGGAAAGAAGACCCACCUGGUGGCUCACAUACGGGUCCACUCAGGGGAACGACCCUUUGCCUGCGAAGAGUGUGGACGCCGCUUCUCACAGGGCAGCCACCUGGCCGCCCACAGGCGUGACCAUGCCCCUGAGCGGCCCUUUGUCUGCCCAGACUGUGGCAAGGCUUUCCGCCACAAGCCCUACCUGGCAGCCCACCGCCGCAUCCAUACUGGUGAAAAGCCCUAUGUUUGCCCUGAAUGUGGCAAAGCCUUCAGCCAGAAGUCCAACCUGGUGUCCCACCGGCGCAUCCACACAGGCGAGCGGCCUUACGCGUGCCCUGACUGUGACCGGAGCUUCAGCCAGAAGUCCAAUCUCAUCACCCACCGCAAGAGUCACAUCCGUGAUGGCGCCUUCUGUUGUGCCAUCUGUGGUCAGACCUUUGAUGAUGAGAACAAACUCCUGGCCCAUCAGAAGAGGCAUGAUGUCUGA